GGCCAGAACAAGCUGAUGGACGAGCUCAGGCCGAAUCUGGGUCUGCUCGGCGUCGGCCUGGUCGAGAACGACAGCUUCCAUCUGAAUCACAAUCAGGAGAAGAGAAAGUGCAGCAGCGCCAGCUCGAACGAACAGGACUUCGGUCUGUACGGGGUGCACCAGGGUCUCGAGGCGAGUCCACCGACGCCAGCCGCGACGCCCGGUAGAAGCAGCGUCGGAGCCACCACUGUUGGAGCAGAAGGCGCUUUUAAAAAGUUAAAGCCUGACCCCUGCGCCUCCAGUCCUCACAUCGGUCACACACCUACGACAGCUAGUUGUCCAACACCUGCCCGACGGCGACACAGAACCACUUUCACACAGGAGCAGCUGGCAGAAUUGGAAUCGGCGUUCGCGAAAUCUCAUUAUCCAGACAUAUACUGCAGGGAGGAAUUGGCGAGGACCACCAAAUUGAACGAGGCCAGAAUUCAGGUUUGGUUCCAGAACAGAAGAGCGAAGUAUCGGAAGCAGGAGAAGCAGUUGCAGAAAGCUCUGACACCGAUACCCGCCUGCCAAGGUGCCAUGAUGAGGAAUAUCUAUCCUGGUGCUAGCAGAGGUUAUCAACCCUACCCCCAUCCUCACAACAGCAUAAAUGGCAUAAAUCGUUAUCCCCAGAUGGGCACGACGUCUUACCCGAGCAUGACCCAGCCGUUCUCCAUGUCGCAUUCAGCAUCGAAUAUGUCGGCCGUCACCGGUAUGCGACAAGAUGCGAUGGGCAUGUCGGCGGAAGACGAAUGGUACAACAAGAGCAUCUCGGCCCUGAGAAUGAAUACAGCCCACCACCCGAAUCUGGCCGCACCGAUGUUACAGUAUCAAACAUAAUUGUAAACAGAGGCGAGAGGGCGACUCGAGGAUCUCGUCAGGAAUUCGUCGGCGUACUUGUGACGGAACCCGAUCUCGGUGAGAGAGGAGGGUCGAUUGAGAGUGACGAGAUCGACAGAGCCCGAUCGAUGUUUCGCCACUUCGCAGAGAGGGAGAGGGAGAAAAAGAGAAAGAAAAAUAAGAGAAGAAACCAAAAGAAUAUAUGGAUCGAUUUGCGUUAUCGCUGAUCAGCUUGCGCGCGUUGCAUCUUGAUUUCGCGAUACACGUCCUCGCGUUUCGCUUGCAGCAACAAACAAAGCUCGACUCGCAACCGGCAAUAGCGACGUUGCGAUUGAUGUGCACGCGUAAAUAAAAAGGCUUUACACUCCCAUUACAUCUGUUAUAUUUUCGCGCUCGUCAUUGUCGCGCGCGAAUUGAACGCGAUUUUUCAGGUGAAACGACACGUCGUCGAGAAGAAUUCAAGCGCGGUGACGAAGCGGCAGAUCCGAUUUUUUUUUCUUCGAACACCCGUGAAAUUCUUACCUGUGCGAAGAGACAAGUGAGCGAUGGAAAAGUUUCAAUUGGCGGUUACUCGCACGAUAUUUCGCACUCGUUGCGAUUUCCGCGACGUAGGAUACAUAUUAUACGGUCUUGGGGCGUCUUGUAAUUUUGCGCGGAAAGAGAAAAUUCUGCGAUUAACGUGUACAGAGAGAGAGAGAGAGAGAGAGAGAGAGAGAAAGAGAAAGAACGUGAAACAUAUCGCCGUUUGUCGCGAGAGAAAGUAAGAUCCGUAUAUUUUCUACGUGUAUAGCGGAGGUGUCCAUUUUGUGUCCGCGACCUGUAUAACAGUUCUUUCGGUUUCGCGUCACACACCAAGUCACAGACAACACACGUAAAUAAAAACACACAUAUUCCCGUAGCAAGUCACUUUGUUUUUUUUUUUUUUAAUACAGAAAUU